CGCUGAUCUGUAAGCAAACCGUCAGCUCGCGACCUUUGCCUGUGACCCAUCCAUGUGUCUUGCAGAUCCGUGCUCUGGCUACGGAAAGUCCAAGCCCUCCCUCCCUACUCUCCGAGCAUCCUUCCAAACAGGCAGGGGGGGGGAAAAAAGAGAAAAGAAGAAGCCAAACACGCAAAAGUUUUCCUGUCGCCAAAGCAGGAGUCGACAUGGAUAAAAAGGAGAGGUUUUCGUGAUCGAAGCACACAACUUGGGUUAACUUUUUUUUUUGUCCUUCGCUAAAAGAAUGAUAACAUAGUCUCCGGUUUUUGGUGGUGUUUUUGUGUGUGAAGACGCGAAAACGGUAACAGUGGAAAAGUUUGAGGCAGCGUCAGACUAUGGCGCGAGACGGCGAGGACACCGGGAUGGCCAAGGCUUCAAAAGCCAAAAGGCAACGAAAGAAAAAGUCAAAGGAGAACAAACCCAGGAUUGUUCACGCCAACAUCCAUUAUGACAACGCCAAGAGAGAGGAAAACCCCAACAGACACUAUGCUAGCAACAAAAUCAAGACCACCAAGUACACCGUGCUGUCAUUCCUGCCCAAGAACCUCUUCGAGCAGUUCCAUCGUUUUGCUAAUGUUUACUUCGUCUUUAUCGCUUUGCUCAAUUUUGUCCCGGUUGUCAACGCCUUCCAACCCGAACUUAGUCUGGCUCCGGUGGUUUUCAUCCUGUCUGUCACUGCCAUUAAGGACCUGUGGGAGGACUACAGGAGACACAGGUCGGAUAAAGAAAUCAAUCACAUGGACUGCCUGGUCUACAGCAGAGAGGCCAAACUCUACGUGGAGAAGUACUGGAAAGAGUUGCGAGUCGGGGACUUUAUCCGGCUGCGAUGUAAUGAGAUUCUCCCCGCCGACAUCCUGCUGCUGACCUCCAGCGACCCGGAUCACCUGUGCCACAUCGAGACCGCCACGCUGGACGGAGAGACCAACCUGAAGCAGAGGCACGUCGUCCGCAGCUUCUUUGACCUGGACUGUGAUUUUGACCCAUUAAAGUUCAGCAGCACAAUUGAAUGUGAAAAGCCCAACAAUGACCUGAACCGAUUUCGAGGCUACAUAAUCCACCCAAACGGCAAAAGAGAAGCACUUCACAAAGAGAACCUCCUCCUGCGAGGCUGCACCGUCCGCAACACGGAGGAAGCCAUGGGCAUCGUCAUCUAUGCAGGUCACGAGACCAAGGCCAUGCUCAACAACAAAGGGCCGCGUUACAAACGCAGCAAGCUGGAGAGACAGAUGAAUGUGGACGUGUUCUGGUGUGUCGUCAUCCUGCUGGUGAUCUGCCUAUUUGUUGUUGUUGGUCACGGGCUGUGGAUGUUUCAGUACGGAGAUAAGAGACCCGUGUUUGACGUUCUUAGUCCAGAAGGAACAGACUUAUCACUUGUGAUGUCAGUCAUUUAUCUCUUCCUCACCAUGAUCAUCAUCUUUCAGGUGCUGAUACCCGUCUCGCUCUUCGUGUCGAUUGAAAUUGUGAAGAUCUGCCAAGUGUACUUAAUCCAUCAGGACUUGGAUCUGUACGACGAGGAGACGGACUCCCAGCUGCAGUGCAGGGCGCUUAAUAUCACCGAGGAUCUGGGCCAGAUACAAUACAUCUUCUCCGACAAGACGGGCACGCUGACGGAAAACAAGAUGGUGUUCCGGCGCUGCACUGUGGCCGGAGUGGAGUACUCGCACGACGCCAAUGCUAGAAGGAUCGCCAUGUAUCAGGAAAUCGAUUCCGAGGAGGAGGAGUUCAUGUCCCACGGAGGCACCCUGCCCAGACGGGACAGCGUCACCAGCCAUCAGAGCGGACGCGUCGUGCUGCGCUCCCACAGCACCAAGUCCCACCGCAGGACGGGCAGCAGGGCCGAGGCCAAGCGGGCCAGCAUCCUCUCCAAGCACACGGCCUUCAGCAGCCGUAUGGAGAAGGAUGUCACCCCCGACCCUCAGCUCCUGGACAGAGUCAAUGAAUCCAGCAGUCAGCUGGACUUCAUGCGCUUCCACCGCCAGUCCAUGUCCCACCUGCCCUCCGGCCUCUCUGAUAUCAUCGAUUUCUUCAUCGCUCUCACAAUCUGUAACACCGUGGUGGUGACCUCACCUAAUCAGCCCAGGCAAAAGGUCCGAACAAGAUUUGAACUAAAGUCUCCGGUGAAGACCAUCGAAGACUUCAUUAAGCGCUUCACCCCCAGCCGCCUGACCUCGGGCUCCAACAGCAGCAGCUCUUCCAGUCUCAACCGCUCUUUCAACAGGGGAUGCUCCAGCCUGCUCUCCUCUCCCUCAACAGAGAGCACGCUAACAAAGCUGAACGAGGAGCAGCUUUCCGGCACCCUGGAGCAAGCCUUCAGCCCCUUUACACCCCGCUACGACGAAAAGCCGCCCGGCAACCCUGAGGAAGGAGAGCUGCGCUACGAGGCAGAGUCGCCCGACGAGGCCGCGUUGGUCUACGCCGCCAGGGCGUACAAGUGCUCCCUGGUUGGACGCCUCCCUGACCAGGUGACGGUGGAGCUGCCUCACCUGGGGAAGCUGACGUUUGAGCUGCUGCACACGCUGGGCUUUGACUCCACCAGGAAGCGCAUGUCGGUGGUGGUGAAGCACCCGCUCACCGAUCAAAUCACAGUCUAUACCAAAGGAGCGGACUCCGUCAUCAUGAACCUCAUCAAACCUCCCGACACAGGUAACACCAAAGGAAAACGUCAGAAAAAGAUUUUCUGUCGGACGCAGAACUACCUGAACCUGUACGCCGCAGACGGCCUUCGCACACUCUGCAUUGCCAAAAGGACUUUGAGUAAAGAGGAAUACGCCCGCUGGCUGCAGCGCCACCUGGAGGCUGAGACGGCCAUCCAGGGAAAAGAGGAGCUGCUCUUUGAGUCGGCGUUGAGGCUGGAGACAAACCUCCACCUUUUAGGAGCGACUGGCAUUGAGGAUCGGCUGCAGGACGGCGUCCCAGAAACGAUAGCUUCGCUGCGGAAAGCUGGCCUGCAGAUCUGGGUCUUGACGGGUGACAAACAGGAAACGGCUGUCAACAUUGCCUACGCCUGCAAGCUGCUGGAUCCGGAAGAGGAGAUUAUAACGCUGAACGCCGACUCCCAGGAGGACUGCGCUGUGUUGCUGGAGGAAAGUUUACGUCACAUCCAGUCCAAAUUCCUCUGCAACUCCAGACAUUCAUCCACCAAGACGUUCCCGCGUAACAUGGCGCACUUCGAGAUUUACCCAUCAUCCUCCCUUUCCUCCUCCCAAACCGCUCACUUCAUGGUGCACCAGCUGGGCUUGGUAAUUGACGGGCGGACCUUGGCCUACGCCCUGGACAAGAGCCUGGAGGAUAAGUUCCUGGCGAUCGCUCGGAGCUGCCGCUCGGUGCUGUGCUGCCGGUCCACGCCGCUGCAGAAGAGCAUGGUGGUCAAACUGGUGCGGAACAAGCUGAAAGUCAUGACUCUGGCAAUAGGUGACGGUGCUAAUGAUGUCAGCAUGAUCCAGGUAGCGGACGUCGGCGUGGGGAUAUCCGGACAGGAGGGCAUGCAGGCAGUGAUGGCAAGCGACUUUGCUCUUCCUCGUUUCCGGUAUCUGCAGAAGCUCAUGCUGGUGCACGGACACUGGUGCUACUCUCGGCUGGCUAACAUGAUCCUGUACUUCUUCUACAAGAACUUCAUGCUUGUAGCCCUCGUCUUCUGGUAUCAGUUCUACUGUGGCUUCUCGGGUUCAUCCAUGAUCGACCAGUGGUAUCUCGUCUUCUUCAACAUGCUGUUCUCCGCCUUCCCUCAACUUAUCACUGGUACUCUGGACAAAGACGUGUCGCAAAAAACGCUCCAGCAACUACCUCAGCUCUACAUGAGCGGCCAGAACUCUGAGGAAUAUAAGCCAUACAUGUUCUGGAUGAACAUGGUCGAUGCCUUCUACCAAAGUCUGGUGUGCUUCUUCAUCCCUUACUUUGCCUACGCUGACUCAGACGUGGAUCUGUUUACGUGGGGAACUCCCAUCAUUACCAUAGCUCUGUUCACCAUCCUGAUGCAUUUAGGGAUCGAGACCAAAACCUGGACCUGGAUGAACUGGCUGUCGAUAGCCUUCAGUGUAGCUAUAUUCUUCACCACCGCUCUCUUCUACAACGCCUCCUGUUCCACCUGCUACUCCUACUGGAACAUCCAGAGGCUGCUCCAGGACCCGCUCUUCUACCUGCUGUGCGUCAUCACCCCCAUGCUGGCGCUUCUUCCUCGAUAUUUCUACAGGGCGUGCCAAGGCACUCUGUUUCCAACCCAGGCGCAGGCCGGGAGGCAGCUAGAUAAGCUCCCUUCCGACACUCGUAGGAACGUCCUCGAUCGGAGCAGGUCCAAGAUGAGGUUGCUGCUGGGUGCCGGACCCAACUUCCUGUCGCUCAGCAAGCCCAAAGUUAGCCAGGCGACCACGCCCAGCUCCAGUCAGGACAAACAGAGCCCUGUGAAGCAAACUCGUAAAGAGAAGGGCCAAAAAGUCCCGUUGGUGCUUACCCGCCCGCACGCUCCGUCACACGCCAGACACAGCCCUCGGCUCCCCGGCAAGCCAAAACCUCAUUCCACCAAACACUUGGAUGAGACCUUACCACGGCCGGGUCCGAGUUCGUCCGGCCGGUCAGCUUCUGCGACGCUGGUCACACAGAUGGUCAGCAUCCACCUGAACCUGCCCCCCGACGGAGCCUCGCAGUGCGUUACAUACACACACAGGUCAGAGGGAGGACUACGCUCCGGCCGCGUUGCCGAGCCGGCACACAGGACCGUCCCGGCGGCAGAACGGGCGCCGCACACGUCCUUAUGAUGUCUCACCGUACAACUCCUGGCAAAAGCUUAGGGAACCACUGGUCUGGGGGAGGAGGGGCAGUCGGUCUUUUUUACUUUGUAAAUGCUGCAGAUACACACACAAUUAUUUCAUUGAACAAUUCUCAUUAGUUGAUGUGAAAAUUUCCAAAACCUGCAAGUUGUGUUUAAUAGCCUUUUUUUUCUAGAUGAAGUAGAGAAAACAAAAAGGAUGAAACUCCUCGAUUAUUGCUUGAACCAAAAAAAAAAACCUCACUUGGAAAUAAAUAUAUUUAUCAACUAAGUUCCAGUAUUAUAUAGAAUAAGCAGAUCAGCUUCAUGGACACUUGAAGCAUCUAUUGUCUGUGAUCCAGACUUUGCUUCAGUUAUUUUUUUAUAUCAAAAUUCCUAUUUCAAAUAUUUAGUUAGUUUUUCUUUCUAACACAUUGGCAUUAAAAAAAAAUUUUUUUUUCUAAUAUCUCUUAUUCUCAUAUAUAUGCAAGAGCUGACAUUAGCCGUUUAUUGUUGAUUAUUUUUAUUAGUAUUUUUAGUAAGAGAGUCAAUCCCAUGCUGCGGAUUUGAGAAAAACCAUCAAAAAAAGAUUUUAACAUGUCAAUACAAACUCAGAAUUAUAACUUAGUUGUCAUCCUUAGCAUCUUACGUUAGCAUUUAGCAUUGCUAAAAUUACAUUCUCCUUGUGUUUUAGAAUCUAAAUUCUUUAAAUUUUUUAAAAGCUGCCAGCAUUUCUAAAUUCUAAGCUGUCAUAAAUAAUUUUUUCUUCUUUUAAUCUUUAUUCUUCCUAAAUGGCGAACAUCCGUUUUAUGGCAUCAUUAAAUAAUAGCUUUGCUUCAUAUCUGUUUUUUGUUUUGUUUUUUUUGGCUCCGAACGACCGACUGACCAUCCUCACAGAGCAGUACAUCCAUAUAUUUUGGCAGGAGUUGUAUGUUACUCAUUCUCAAUUUUGCACAAUAUAUUUUUUUUAUCAAUUUUAUUGUAUUCUUUUUAUACCAUUAUUUCUUUAAAGCAUAUGCAGAAAGGUACUUUAUUUAGUUUUUUCCAUGUACAGUUAAUGUAAUUUUGCUUUAAACAUUUGGGAGAGGAAAGAACUGUAAAAUCAAAAAAAAAAAAAAAAUUCAGCUUUCUCCCUUGGAAAGUUGUGACUUCUCAGAGACGCGCAUCUCGUUGUUGAUCAGGUUCCGUUGUGCAGGGACAGAACCAAGAUGUUCCGCUGUCAGCUCAUCCUGUGGGGGCAUUAAAACCUGGAACACACACUACAGUGGCCUUGAAUCCUCACUGCAAUGACUUCCAAAAACAGAAGUUUUAAGAGAAAUCUCCUGCUUUUAGUUUGUUUAUCCCAGAUAGAAACCACACUGCUGAACCAGUUUGUCCAUUUUGAAAGCAAAGCAUCUUUAUAGUUGGCAUGUUGCACAGUAAAUUACACUGAAUUGUGACUUUUUUUUUCUCCUCAUCUGCACAUUCAAGAUAUAAUCUUUCUCUUGUGAGAGUUCACAACAGAUGUGUACAUAGACUUUGCCAGGUGUUGUUCUGUGUGACUGUACAUGUAUAUAUUUUUUGGAGCUGAGAGGUUUUAGUUUAAAGAGUAAAAAGUCUGAAAGUGUUUUCAUGUUACAUUGCAGGAGAAUCAUUUCCUGUUUUUUUGUUUUAUGUUUUUAAUCCAACCUUUUUAAUUUCAGGACACACAUUAAGUAGAGAAAUAAUCAUUCCUUAUCUUUUUUCAGUUUUUCUAAAGACCAAAUUUCAUCCCAUUUUCAGUGUGCUGGCAUCCCAUUAGAGUUUAGUAACUACAACGCAAACACCUGGGUGGCAUGUCGGUGGCUUUGAAUGGUUGUUAUUUUGACCCGAUGACGCCGAGGUACCGCCAUUUGCUCCAGUACCACAGCGGUGACCUUUGGUGUUUAAUUGACCUUGCCAUCCUCGUCGCUGCGUGUGGUGGACAGGUGAACGCGGCUCCUCAUCAAACAAGUGGCCAUAAAGAAACGGCCCUCCUUCAUGCUGUUAAAAGCCCAGAGAAGCAGGAAGUCCUGAUUUACCAAUUAGACGUUGCUCGGCGCUCAAAUAAACAGUGCCAUGGAACCAACCAUACAACACCGGCAUGAAAGGGAGGUGGAUGAGACCUUCUUCAGACAGCGCUUGUGUGUUUCAGAUGACUCACCGGAUAUAUAUAUAUAUAUAUAUAUAAUUUUUUUUUUUUUACCUCCUGGCUGAUUUCAAUUAAAAGUAACUUUUUUUUUUUUUUUAAUGGAGCGUUUGUUAACUUUCUCAUCAAAAGCUCAGGAAUUAUGCAACUCCCAUAGUUGUCUGUUUUAGUCUGGAGUUUGGAUUGAAAAGCCAAUUUUUAUUUUUUGUUCUUACAAAAAAAAAAAAAACGUUUUACCUCCUUAAACGCUCCUUUUGUCCUGGAUACAAAAGCGAGAGUUUAUGUUGGAGUUUGUCAGUGAAAAUGUCUCUACACUAUAGCUGCUCCAAGCCAGUAAUUUGAAUGCAAGACAUUGCCAAGAUACCGAGGCGCUGUCACUGCCACAAGUAGCCAUGUUGUCCAGUGUCGUUUGUUUUACUCUGACUUUACCAAUGUUGAGCUUUAACUCUGGUUCAAUAAGUUUUAGAUGAAGCUGAGCUAUUGAAAUGUUUCAUUGCCAGCAGUAACAUGGAAAAUUCAGAAGAUAUUAAAAUAAGCAAGUUUCUCAUUUUGGCAUGCAAUUUAUGGGUGUUAUGCUGUCAUAAUGAGAAAUCGUAUUUAAAUGAGACACUUUCUACGAAAUUCAUUCCCUAGCUUACUAGCUAUCUAUGAUGAGAGCCAGCUGGUAGCUAGCAAGGAAAUAGUGUCUUUUAAAGCUAAAUUGUGUUGUUUUUUUAUUAUUAUUGUUAAAAUUCCAUGCAACUAUCUGGUUACUAAUUUCAGUGUGAAGUAAACUGCUAAGUGAACACUUUAGCACGUUUAGCAAGCUUUGUAAGGGGUUAGAGGUUAGUUCUAAACCUGUGUCUAUAGCUAAUACAGAUUUAGAGCUUUUUAAAUCCAGUAUUAGACUGGAUGCUAACACAGGUUAGCAUCCAGUCUUUAGUGCUAAGCUAGCUGUUUUUUAGCUGCUAACUGGUACUCGGCAGACAAACAGAACGAAGUUCAAGCUAGCAAUCACUUUUCUUUGCAAAAUGGAUAUUUUCAAGGGAUAGCCUGGUCUUCAAAAACGGAUUUCAACCACCAGCACGGUGUUAUGAGAGUUUUGAAGCUGUAUUUACUUUUGUUCUGCCCAACAAAAGUUUACAUUUACUGGUUAAUGCAAACCAGUAAAACCUCCAAAGAGUCACUGCGCUUCACCCAAAAAUUGUCUGGUAUUUAACAACUGGAAAAAUCACAACAUUUAGUUGCUUUGUUUAGUUUUUUACCAGAUGGGCUAUAUUUAUUAUUGGGAUUUUGAGCCUCUGGGAGGCAGCUUUUCUUCUCAGUCUAAGCUAAGCUAAAUUGACCUUUGUGGUUCUCUACUUUAUCGUUAAAGCAAGUGUGCAGAUAUAAAACUAUUCGCUUGAAGCAAAGAGCCAAUUUGUUGCUCCUUAGCAUGUUCUUACUUGCUAAGGGCCUCAUGAGAACUUCUAUCACAUGCUGGUUUUUAACUAGCCAGGUGUGUUUCGCUGUAAACCAAAUCCCCAGUGCUGAACCGUCUUUACAAUCGAGUCAACAAUAAAUUUGCACUUUAAAGCAUUUCAUCAGACCUGUCAUUGAGAAUUUCUGUUGCACACGUUUAUUCACUCAGUAUAGCAAUACAAUAUGCAAAAAGAAAUGGGAGGUAUUAUUUUGUUCAACUAAAACUAUCUUCUUCUUUUUUUUAAGUCUGUAGAAACUAAUGGAAAAUUGGCCAAACUGAACUUUUUACUGGGAAGCUUUGCAUUUACUUUUAACUGUGUUCAAUGCAUUUUUUUUUAAAGCAAACCUAAUACCAAAAGUGAUUUAUAUCUAUCUUGUUUUUCUUAGUAAUAGUAAGUGCCUUGACACUGGAUAAGAAAUUGCUGGAUAUGUUUGAGUAAAUAUGAUUGAGCUUUUUAUUUUGGGGGGUUUUGUACAGAUAUUUAUGAGGAUGUGUGGCAUCUUUGCCCCCGACUCCCCCAUCCCUCUUGUUUUCAUUGCCUUUGCACACAAAUUCCUUCUCUGGCAUGUUGUUUAGUUUGAGACUCGUCGGUCUGUUUGCUGUGUUUCAUCUGUUCAGUUCGUCCUGUACCCUCCGUGUGCCUGAAAGAAGCUCCAUCAUGUUCUGCUGCAUUCCAUCGUGCUGAUUUCCUCUAAAUACAACAUUGAGCUUUUGCACAACAGAUAUCCAUGAGUAUAUGUGGUAAUUGAGAUUUUGUUUUGGGGGGGUGUUGGUGGGGGGGAAUCAUCGACUUUUUGUCCUUUGUAUUAAUACCAAGUUCUGGUAAGCAAAACGUUGGUGAGGAAUCCUGAAUCGCUUCAGCUCAGUGAAGAAGGUGGAAAACUACACAAGGUUCAGUUCCACAGUUUUAUGUCAAGUUCAUGUUGUUUUUAGUUGUUCCAAAUGUUCUGUAUAUGCCUGCUUGUGAUCAAAAUAAAACUGCAAGAGUAAAGUAGAAUUUUUA